AAAAGGUUUAUAUCCAAUUUUUAUUUCUUUUUAAAGAUACGUUCAUUAUUAAAAUUAAUUCAUGGAUAAUUUAAAGAAGGCCUAGAAACUCAUGUAAGUAUAGCAAAUAUGAUUAGAAAAUUCGGACAAAUAACAAAAGAAGACAUUGUGAUUGGUAAAGAUGAGGUUGAUAGAAAAUUUUUGACUCCAUGUGGUCCUGUAUAUACAGAAUAUCACGAUUGCUUAAAAUUGAAUUAUGGAGACGUUCUUAUCUGUAUAACAGCAUUUAAUUAUUUUAGGUGAUAAAUUUAGAGAGAAAAUGAUUGAAUGCGAAGUGAGCUAAGGAUAUUUCAAAUAUGAUGUAUCUGAAAUUAGAAGAAGAAGACAAAAACUCCAUGGUAGUGAGGCUUGAUUUAUUAAUUAUUAUAGAAGCAUAAUAGCUCAU